AUGGGACAGUGUCGGUCAGCCAAUGCUGAGGACGCCCAGGAAUUCAGUGAUGUGGAGAGGGCCAUUGAGACCCUCAUCAGGAACUUCCACCAGUACUCGGUGGAGGGCGGCAAGGAGACACUGACCUCCUCUGAGCUUCGGGACCUGGUCACCCAACAGCUGCCACACCUCAUGCCGAGCAACUGUGGGCUGGAAGAGAAGAUUGCCAACCUGGGCAACUGUAACGACUCUAAACUGGAGUUCGGGAGCUUCUGGGAGCUAAUUGGAGAAGCCGCCAAGAGUGUGAAGCUGGAGAGCCCUGUCCCAAGGAGCUGA